AUGAAGAGGCUGUUCUUCCAUCUUCUGACCCUUGUUGCAAUCUGGCCGACCCACGCCAUUGAGAACAACUGCAAUGUCAUCUGUGGCCGCCGUCCCUUGGCACCCAGCCACAGCCGUUCGUCACAGACUGGAAGAGGGAUGGACACCUUGCCAGGGACGUGGCCUUGGAUGGUCAGCAUCCGGAGACCUGUCGGGUCAGGCUACCGACAUACAUGUGGCGCAUCCCUCAUCAGUGCCAAAUGGAUUCUCACCGCGGCCCACUGCUUUAGGCAAAAGAGGUCUCUAGUGAAUUGGGAACUGUCCUUUGGGGCCACAGAGCUCUCCCACCCCGGCCCAGAUGCCCAGGUGCGCUUCCCCAAGAGAGUGGUGGAGCGUGAGGACUACGAGCCGGGAAAGGAAAUCAACGACAUUGCCCUGGUGGAGCUGGAUGAACCAGUCCUGUGCAACGACUACAUCCAGCCUGCCUGCCUGCCGGACGCCGCUAUGGAUGUGUCUGCCAUGACUCGUUGCUACAUCAGCGGCUGGGGCUACACGCAGGAGAAAGCUAGGAAUCCAUCGGACAUCUUGCAAGAGGCCAUGGUGGAUCUCAUCCCCUUGCCGCAGUGCAACGACAGCAGGUGGUACAAUGGUCACAUACGAUUUAACAACUUAUGUGCGGGGUAUGAGGAAGGAGGCACUGACGCUUGCCAGGGAGACAGUGGAGGCCCCCUCAUGUGCCGGGAAGAGCGGUCAGAACGGUUCUGGGUUGUCGGCAUCACCAGCUGGGGGGCCGGCUGCGCCAGAGCCAAGAGACCUGGGGUCUAUACCUCCACCUCGCACUUCCAUGCCUGGAUCCAGGGUUACAUCAAGGAAGAGAGUGUGACUCAGACAACACCCCUGCCACAGAAUUUGACCACCCCGCCUCAAACACAGACACAAGCAACGCCCACAACCACACAGCGGCCUCCAACGCCUCCGCCCGUCCAAGCCCAGGAGAGCCCUCAGGAACCGCCUAGAUCCCCAGCUCAAGCCCCGGAGCCCUUCAGCGUGGCACGUGCUCCUACCCAUCCCCCUUCCACGACAACGCCCGUGACAACCACAACAAGCCCACCGCCCACAACACAGACAACAUCACCCUACAUUUGGACGCCCCGCAAGCGUCGCAAUCGACCGAUGAUUGUCUCACCAGCCUAUUACGUGAACAGCAUGUCCAACGAAAGGCCAUCUGGGCCCUUGGAUCCUCCGGGCAGCCUCCUGCGGGUCCCUCUUCCUCCGCUGAGUGCUGGGACCAAGCUCCUGGGCUGGCCCCGCUUGCUUUAG